UCAACGAAACGAACUCAGAACACAAACCCAAACACAUACUAUUUCGCUUCUCUUUCUCUCUCUGUCCACCUCUCUCACACGUUCAUGGACUCUCCCUCUCGCUCCUCCGUCAUCAUCGUAGGUGCCGGCAUCUCCGGUAUUGCUGCGGCGAAAGUGUUGGCUGAAAACGGCAUAGAAGACCUGGUGAUUCUGGAGGCCUCUGACCGCAUCGGCGGCAGGAUCCGCAAGGAGCGUUUCGGCGACGUGUCGGUGGAGCUUGGCGCCGGUUGGAUCGCCGGCGUCGGAGGCCCACAGGCCAAUCCUGUUUGGGAACUCGCCGGCCAAUUCGGCCUCCGUACAUGCUUCUCCGACUACAGCAAUGCUCGCUACAACAUCUACGAUCGCAGCGGGAACAUCAUUCCGAGUGGAAUCGCUGCUGACUCGUACAAAAAAGCGGUGGACUCGGCGAUUCAGAAGUUGAGGAACCAGGCAGAAGCUGACGAUGAUAGCAAUAACAAUGUCUCCAAACUAACGAAACCGCCUUCGACGCCGGAGACGCCGAUAGAGCUCGCCAUUGAUUUCAUCCUCCAUGAUUUCGAAAUGGCUGAGGUAGAACCAAUAUCUACAUACGUGGAUUUUGGGGAGAGAGAAUUUUUGGUUGCGGACGAACGAGGGUACGAUUACUUGCUGUACAAAAUGGCCGAAGAUUUCCUCUUCACAUCGGAGGGUAGAAUCUUGGACGAUCGUCUCAAACUCAACAAGGUCGUCCGCGAAUUACAGCAUUCAAAAAGUGGCGUUAAGGUGAUAACGGAGGAUGGUUGCAUUUACAAAGCCAAUUACGUGAUUCUGUCUGUGAGCAUUGGCGUUCUCCAAAGCGACCUACUCACCUUCAAUCCACCCUUACCUAGAUGGAAAUUGGAAGCCAUCGAGAAAUGUGAUGUGAUGGUGUACACCAAAAUCUUUCUGAAGUUUCCAUAUAAGUUCUGGCCGAGUGGACCCGAAAAGGAAUUCUUCAUCUAUGCUCACGAGCGGAGAGGCUACUACACAUUUUGGCAGCACAUGGAGAACGCAUAUCCUGGCUCCAAUAUCUUAGUAGUGACAUUGACUAAUGGGGAAUCAAAACGUGUGGAAGCUCAAUCAGAUGGACAGACCUUGAGAGAAGCUAUGGCAGUUCUCAGGGAUAUGUUCGGACCCAACAUCCCGGAUGCCAUUGAUAUACUUGUUCCCUGCUGGUGGAAUAACAGGUUUCAGCGUGGCAGCUACAGCAACUACCCCAUUAUUUCCAACCUUAAAGUUUUUCAAAAUAUUAAGGCCCCAGUAGGUCGAAUUUUCUUCACAGGAGAGCACACCAGUGAAAGAUUUAACGGCUACGUACAUGGUGGAUACCUCGCAGGUAUUGACACCAGCAAAGCAUUACUAGAAGAAAUGAGGAAAGAAAAGGAAAGAAAAAGUGAGAGCCAAACUCUUUUGUUAGAGCCCUUGCUAGCAUUGUCAGGAUCAUUAACAAUGUCGAAGUCAGAAACGGUCUCCAACAUCCAUAAAUGCGAUAUUCCUACACAAUUAUAUCUUAGUGGCAAGCUUGGGAUGCCAGAGCCAAUAUUAUGACCAUUUGGGACUGUAGAGAGUCCUCCCCUUGUAGAUGAUGCUUGAAGAAGCAUACUUGAUGAGAAUCAUCAUGGCCAGGACAUUCUUGAUCCUAAGUCUCAUCCAAGCCCUUGGUGCCCCCAUUGGUAAUGUAGAUUACCCACUUUCUGUAGUAUGUUGGUGAGGGGAAGAGGUGCCGGAAUACUGCGCAGAUGUCUCCUCACUUUAGUCCAUUUCACUGCUAGCGCAGCUCACUAGGUUUUGAUUUUUUAAGGAAAUUAUUUGGUAUACGCGUACGAUUACUUUGUUCUUUAUAGUCAAAAGCAAGUUGCAUUGUAAGGAUGCUAGCUAAUGUUUGGAUCCUAACUUUUUACUUGUCAGUCAGUGAUGUCCAUUUAAAAGAAACGAACUUUAUUUGAUUGCUUUUAUAUAUAUAUAACAUACAUUUGAUUGCUU